AUAUCACCGCCACAGAGCCCGUCUCUCCUCUUCGCAUCCCGGCCCUCGGUCUUCCUCUUCCUCACUCUUCCUGAUUCCUCGAAAGUUCUCCCCAGCUCGCAGUCCCGAUCGCGAACCCUAGACCCCCGCACAGCUCCAGGAAGUAGAGGCUUCAGGAGCUCUUGACUUUGGGAUGGCUACAAAACGGAUUAACAAGGAGUUGAAGGACCUGCAGAAGGACCCUCCUGUUUCUUGCAGUGCUGGUCCUGUUGCUGAAGAUAUGUUCCAUUGGCAAGCAACAAUUAUGGGUCCUACAGAGAGCCCAUUUGCCGGGGGUGUGUUCCUUGUGUCCAUUCACUUCCCACCUGAUUAUCCAUUCAAGCCGCCCAAGGUUUCCUUUAGGACAAAAGUUUUCCACCCCAAUAUUAACAGCAAUGGUAGCAUUUGUCUCGACAUUCUCAAGGAGCAGUGGAGCCCUGCCCUUACAAUAUCGAAGGUUCUUCUUUCCAUAUGCUCUCUCCUGACUGAUCCGAACCCUGAUGAUCCUCUGGUUCCAGAGAUUGCACAUAUGUACAAGACGGACAGGGCAAAGUACGAGAGCACUGCUCGAUCCUGGACUCAGAAGUAUGCAAUGGGGUAGGGCUCUCUUUGGUUAUGAGAUACAUCAUCUCGCUGCCCGUUAGUAAUUUUACUAAAUAAGUAGAAAUCAGUGGGGUUAUAUGUGGAUUCCUUGGAACCGAGGUGCAAUUGAGUCGGGUCUUUAAAUAGUUUUUAGUCGGGGUGUUUUACCUUCUUGCUUUAAUUGUCUUGCUGUUGGAUGUGAAUGGUUACGAUGUCUCCCUUUUAGUCUGCAAAAUAUAAUUGAUGAGUUAAUACAAGUUCCUGUCUCAAAUUGUGGUAUGUGU